AUAUUCUACCAAUAGAAAGCAAAGGAGAGGAAGACAUGGCAUUUCACAAUAAUGUACUUUCACCAAUUCUUUUGGUUCUAAUUCUAAUUUCAUCAGGAGCCAAAAUGUGUGAGUCUGCACGAGUUUUCACCAUAAUAAAUGAUUGCAAAGAGACAAUAUGGCCAGCAGUUACCCCUGGGGAGAACUUUAAUGGUGGUGGAUUUACACUAAAACCCAAGCAAUCUGUAGUCUUCACUGCCCCAGUUAGCUGGUCCGGCCGGAUUUGGGGUCGAACAGGUUGUAACUUUGACAAGAAUGGCAAUGGGUCAUGCCAGACUGGGGACUGUGGCAAUUCAUUCAGGUGUGCAGCCUCAGGAAAGACACCAGCUUCACUUGCCGAAUUUACCCUUGCAUCACCUGAUUUUUAUGAUGUUAGCCUUGUGGAUGGUUUUAACUUGCCAGUAGUUGUUACACCCAUAAAUGGGAAGGGAAAUUGUAGCAUUGCUGGUUGUGAUUCAGAUUUGAAUCCUAGUUGCCCGUCCGAGCUAUCCGUCAAGUCCAAUGGGAAAGUUGUAGGGUGUCGAAGUGCAUGUGAUGUGUUUAACACGGAUGAGUACUGCUGUAGAGGGCUGUAUGGGAACCCUAGGGUAUGUCAACCAACCUAUUAUUCCAAGAAGUUCAAGGAGGCUUGCCCUGCGGCAUAUAGUUAUGCAUAUGAUGAUCCCACCAGUGUAUUUACGUGCACAGGGACUGAUUAUGUGGUCGCUUUCUGCUCAUCCAGGAAGCAACCAGUGUGCACCUAUCAUAACAAGAAGCUCGUCUGCAACACCAAUGGAUCAAAAGGUUUAAAAUCAUUGAUUGGAAGAUGGUGGGGUCUGAUGUUUGCAUCAAUGUUGAUGGUUAAUUUGUGGACUAUUAGUUAAAAUCUUUCUUUUUAGUUUUUUUUUUUUUUUUUUUGGGAGGGUUUGGGUUUACACUAUUGGACCUGGGAUCUUUGCCAGAAAGUGUCCAAAAAGGCUG